UCCUUAGCCGAGAAGAUGGGAACGCAACACCGAUUGCGUACCUUUGCGUCCUUCGCAGUGCUGUCAUUCCUGGGACUUGGUUUGGCGCAGGAUGACUUGUCACAGUCGAGACCACUUAACGAUGGUUCGUUCAAGUUCGGCACCAGGACAAGCUUUUCCUGCACCGGACGUGCGGCGGGAUAUUAUGCGGAUGUGGAAACCGGCUGCCAGAUCUAUCAUAUGUGUGAUGGGCUUGGUAGACAGUUCAGUUACGCUUGUCCCAAUACGACGCUGUUCCAGCAGCGGAUGCUCAUCUGUGACCACUGGUAUAUGGUAAACUGCUCAAAGGCGGAAAGCAACUAUGCUGCUAAUCUAUUGAUUGGUCAACGAGAUAAACCGUUCGUUCCGGAGGAAGAGAACGAGAUACGUACACCUAGACCCGAUCUGCUGGAUCGUCCUGACGCGCUCGAAUUCGGCGCUCCAUCGCUAAAGAACUUCUUUAAGUCGAGUACACCUGCACGACAGAAUGCAAUUUUUGAAACACAGAGUCGUUCCCGCUCGUCCGGUUCCACCAUCGUCGGAAAGGGUCAGAGUGAAAAGCGCACAACCACCAGCUCGAAUGCGGAGAUCUUCCAGGAAAGUGCUAGCAACCAUGGUUUGCCCAUUCACUGGAGUACUCGAUAUGCCAAGGAAGAUUCCAACACAUCGAAUGGCACGCAGCGUGAUGUUGCUGCUCCGGAAGAGUCCGGAAUCAAGACGAAACGUGACGAGGACAAGAAUGAAAGUCGAAGAACGAUCGCUAUUACGACCAGCGAACGUCCAACGGUGUCUGUUAAGACGCCCUCUCGGCGUUACGAACCUCCGUUCACUCCGACAGAGUAUCAGCAACGCCCCUCAGUCCAACAGCCACUUCCAACGAUCGAUUCCAAUCUUAAUACGAUACCUACAACGGUAGCACGAGGAUCAUCGUUUGCAAGCGUAUCAACGACGACUCCCGUAACAACUACAACCACUGUCCGACCACGUGUUCCCGUCACGCAGCGUGGCACUACGAACGCUCCAGCAACUUUAAAACCUUCCCCAACGCCAACCUCAGCCCGUACGCCGAAACAACCGCUUCCAAUUGUCCAACAACUUCCAAAAACACAAACAACUCAAUUUAAUAGACUCUCGGCCACAACAAACAGUUCUCCAGAUUUGUCCGAUCCUCGUCAAUCAAUUUUGCCUCCAACAUCGAUCCUCUUCAGUCCUCCGGCAGCAACGGCCGGAUUGUUCGAGAAUCGAUUCGCCAACCAACGACCGCUAUUGGUUCCCGCGGGAGUUUCCGUGCCGUCGCGUGAAAUUUUGCCUCCCUACGAGAAUCUGGCCAACUUCGAUCAAAUUAAAACGCGCUACACUAGCGAAUCGAUCUACACGCGUCAACCGAUCACGAACGAACCUUCGGCCGGGCCAGUGAAAACGGCAAUCGACAAGCUAGCGGUAGCUGAUCCACUUCCAGCCUCCAGACCCAAUCCCGCAAACCAAGAUAAAAUUCCACGCCCGUUCAGUGUUCCGAAACCUGCCAACGAUCUUGUACCACCGCAAAAAGAGUACGUAUUCCACGACGAUGCAACCACCCAAGGACCACCGAUCUAUUACCAGUGGAAGUGGUCCGUACCAUCGUUUGGAUUGGAUCCACCCGGUCUUGAAGCUCCUAGAGCGCCUGGAACUGAUGGAUCGGAAGGGGCUCUGCACGCACUGCUGCCACCAGUAAGCACUCGCAAGGUUGACGAAGUAGCAGAGGAUCAACUAAUCGCACAGCUAAAUCCCGCCUCCCAAGAGCACCAAGCACACGACGGUGGACAGGGACGCGAGCACAACCAAACGGCACGCUCCAUAUCCUCCGAAACGGGCAAUCUCGGGGAGAAUCGAGUCGAAGUGGAAAGCAAACUGGUACUUCAGCUACCCCAGCACAACUACAAUCAACUGCGGCAAGAGUUUGCCAUCCCGGACUUUACCUUCCCGCUGGACGGUGCUGCUAAAGGUGGUCAGUACGCGAAUGCGGAAGCAGUCGAUUCCUUCCAGGUGAAAAUCCCAAGCGAUGCGUCGUCUCGCAGGAAUUCGCCAGAUGUCACUUCACGGGCGUGGUACGGAGAAAACGCACGAUGUCCCGAGUGCCAUCCGGGUUUCUUGCGGCCAGGGAGUUGCGAACCGUGCAUAAAGAUUCGUCGAUGAGACGAUACGCGUACAUAAUUACCCCAAUAAUGCA